AUGUCAUCAAAAGGAGUAACAAAACCAAGAUUAAAGAUCAACGAAAGAAGAAAAAUGACGGUGGAUGCAACAACUUCAAGUGAUGCAUCAAAUAUGAGGUUACGAUCCAAUUCAACCUCGAAUCCACAGCCCUGCACCAUCGGGGUUCAAUUCACCUCGAGUAGCAUCAACGUUAAUGGUAAGAUCAUCAAAGCCCAAUUUUGGGACACCGCUGGUCAAGAAAGGUAUCGAGCGGUAGUUAGCGCGUACUAUCGAGGCGCAGUAGGUGCAUUGAUCGUAUAUGACAUCACACGUAAAAUGACAUUUGAACACGUGGGAAGAUGGUUGAAGGAGCUUCGGGAUCACAGCGAUCAAAACAUGGUGAUCAUGCUACUUGGGAACAAAGCUUAUCGAAUUAACUUAGGAAUGGUGCAAAGGGAGGAUGCAAAGACAUUUGCCGAGAGAGAGAAUAUUAAGUUAUUCAUGGAAAUAUCGGCUCUGGAUAAAUCAAGUGUCGACAACGCUUUCACCAAACUGGUAACUCAGAUUUACAAGCAUGUGGUGAAGAAGGAGCUUGACAUGGCUAAUCAUCAUAUCGUCGAACCCAAGGGACAAAUGAUUAGCGUUGGUCAUGAAGAUGUCAGGAUCACAAAGGGAAGUGUAGGUUUCCUUCUUCCAAAACAUACCUCAAAUUGA